AUCAACAAGUCCAAGGCAACUGUACCUACAUUACCGAAGCCAACGUAACCCAGUCAUGAGAUCUCAGUUGUUCGCCCUCGUGGUAUUACUCAGUUGCCUCGCGGCCUCCGGGUCACUGCUCGACCUUCUCAAAGUAAUCCAUAGCAGCCCACUCUUUGCGACCAUGUCUCCCGGCGAGCAACUGGUAUUGGUUGAGUUGUUUGCGGAGACGGAGGCAGGCGAGCUCCAUAACUACAUCAACCAUGUCGGCUUCUCUACUGUCCUAGCCGUUAUUGCAAAGCUGCCCGACAACGAGUCGCACGGACUGACACAGUAUCUCAUCGCGGAGUUGAAUAAAGAGGAACAUCACACUGCGAAAUCGGGGUCGACCGUGGGGCGACGUGACCUGGUUACAGUCCUCGCGGCCGCCCGGCAAGACCCGGCUUUCCAGCAUCUGCAGGCAGAUCAACAACAGCUCAUCCUGACGACUUUGACCCACGCCGAAUCAUUGAACCUGACCAAGUUUAUCAAUCAAAUCGGAUAUGGGACCAUCUUGUCUGUCAUUGACAUAAUACCAGAACCAGAAAGACACAUGUUCGAAGCUUAUCUGAUUCAGCAUUUGGAGUACGAAAAGAAAAUAUUGGAACACAUCAUCGGAAAGUAAAUGGUUGACAACAACAACAACUUGGAAAUUCUAAUCGGCAACAACAACAACAACAGUAAUAACAUCAGCAACAAGGGCAACAACACAAUCUCAAAAUUUUGUGAUGUAAUGUACAUCAUUAUUAAUAAAAUGCAAUUGAAAUUUGCGUGAAAUCA